AUGGUUCACACCCGUUCUACUAAUCUAGGAGCUUUGUUUUAUGAUUCAGAGAUCGAAAGGACGCUUUAUCGGUUGCGAAAGGAAAUUCGGGAUCACUUCCGUGAGUUGCCUUAUUAUCUUGGUACUGAGGAAGAAGAGAUGCCGCCUAGAGCUGAUCCGACAUUGAGGGAGCUUUCUGCUCCUAAUCUGGACAAGGCACCAUUGGCCAUUCAAUAUCCGGAGUUUGGGGAGAAUGUUACUUUUGAGCUGAAGUCGGGUCUUGUUCAUUUACUGCUAAGCUUCCAUGGUUUAAAUGGGGAGGAUCCAAUCAAACAUCUUGCGGAAUUCCAUGUUGUUUGUACUAGUAUGCAGCCAAGGGGUGUUACGGAGGAUCAAAUCAAACUUAGAGCCUUUCCUUUUUCAUUGAAGGAUAAGGCUAAUGAUUGGUUCUAUCAUCUGAGCCCCAACAGUAUCAACACAUGGAGGGGGAUGAAGCAAGCGUUCUUGGAGAAGUUCUUUCCUUCAAGCAAGUUGAAUGAACUUAAGAGGGCCAUUAGCAACAUUGAGCAAGGUUAUGAUGAACUUCUUUAUGAUUACUUAGAGAGGUUCAAGAGGCUCGUUGCUUGUUGUCCUUACCAUGGUUUUGCCGAGAAGGAUCUUGUGAUGUACUUAGUUGCUGGGCUCCUUCCCGAUGAGAGAAGGAUGGUGAAUGCUGCUUGUGGGGGUAACAUUGAUAACAAGACCCCACAACAAGCCAUGGAGCUCAUAGGUGAGUUUGCUGAGAGUUCUCGCACCUAUUCUAAGAGGAAUGCUACCCGGGGUGUUAAAGCUGCAAGUUCUGAUUCAUCUUUGGAGUCGGAGGUUUCCGACCUUAAGAAUAUGUUCCGGCAAUUUAUGAUAAGUAACAAACCUCAACAAGUGAAAGCUUGUGGAAUUUGUUCCAAUACCGGUCAUCCUACCGAUGCUUGCCCAACCUUACAAGAAGACACUCAAGAGGUGAAUGCUUUGGGAUAUCAAGGGAAUAGAAAGUAUGAUCCCUAUUCAAAUUCAUACAAUCCCGGGUGGAGAGAUCAUCCGGCUUUUAGUUACAAGCAAGGGAAUCAAAAUUUUCAAGGGAACCAAAAUUUUCAACAAGGAAAUCGACCUCCUCCAUUCAAGCAACCAUACCAACCUCAAGGGCAAUCACCUAACUCUAACUCAAUGUCCACAAAGGAUAUGAUCAAAGCUUUGACUAAGAAUGUGACUACCAUGCAGUCUAAUAUGGAGCAAUUUCAACAAGAGACUAAGUCAAGCAUUUACAACUUGGAAACACAAGUGGGCCAAAUGUCUAGUGUCAUGAAUAGGCUUGAGGCCCAAAAUUCUGGAAAAUUGUCAUCUCAAACCGAGGUGAACCCCAAGAAGAAUGUGAGUGCUGUGACAUUAAGGAGUGGUAAGGAGCUUCUUGAUCAUGCAUCCGAAAAGAGCAAGGUCGUGGAAGAGAAGACAAGAGUUGAAGAUGAGGAGAUGGAGGUUCUUACUCCUUCCAAAGAGGUGAAAAAAGUGGUGAGUCCUAGCUCUCACCAAGAGGUAAAAUCUUUCCCGGAAUACAAACCGGCACCCCCUUUUCCCAAUGCACUUAAGGACAAUCGUAAGCUUGAUUUCUAA